GGCGCGCCGUCAGCUGACUCCGCCGCCCCCGCGCUCGGCGCUUCCUCCGGCGCUUCCUCCUCGGGGUCCGGGCGGAGGUCAGGUGCGCGGGCUGCAGCUCCGCCAGACCUGGGCGGACCGGCCAUGAGGCACUGCGGGAUGGGGCUGGCGGCGCUGCUGGCGCUGCUGGCGGCGCUGGCCCCGCGCUCCUCCGCCGCGCCGGAGCCGGCCCUGUGGCCUAUGCCGCUCUCGGUGAAGACGUCUCCGCGCCUGCUGCACCUCUCCCGCGACAACUUCUCCAUCGGCUACGGCCCCUCGUCCACCGCCGGCCCCACCUGCUCCCUCCUGCAAGAAGCUUUUCGGCGAUAUCACGAAUACAUUUUUGGUUUCGACAAGAGGCAGCGUCGCCCUGCUAAACCUAAUAGUGCGAUAGAGUUACAGCAACUUCUCGUCACAGUUGUCCUGGACUCGGAGUGUGAUCUUUUCCCCAACAUCACUUCAGACGAGUCCUAUACUUUACUUGUGAAAGAACCAGUGGCUUUCCUCAAGGCCAAUAGAGUUUGGGGAGUAUUACGAGGUUUAGAGACCUUUAGCCAGUUAAUUUAUCAAGAUUCUUAUGGGACUUUCACCGUCAAUGAAUCCGACAUUAUUGAUUCUCCAAGGUUUCCACAUAGAGGAAUUUUAAUUGAUACAGCCAGACACUUUCUGCCAGUUAAGAGCAUUCUCAAAACUCUGGAUGCCAUGGCUUUUAAUAAAUUUAAUGUUCUCCACUGGCACAUAGUUGAUGACCAGUCUUUCCCUUAUCAGAGUGUCACUUUUCCUGAGUUAAGCAACAAAGGCAGCUAUUCUCUGUCUCAUGUUUAUACACCAAACGAUGUCCAUACGGUGAUUGAAUAUGCCAGAUUACGAGGGAUUCGAGUCAUACCAGAAUUUGAUAGCCCUGGACAUACACAGUCUUGGGGAAAAGGUCAGAAAGACCUCCUGACUCCAUGUUACAAUGAACAUGAGCAGUCUGGGACCUUUGGACCUAUAAACCCUAUUCUGAAUUCAACUUAUAACUUCCUGUCUCAGUUUUUCAAGGAAGUUAGUAUGGUGUUUCCGGAUCACUUCGUUCACUUGGGAGGAGAUGAAGUGGAAUUUAAAUGUUGGGAGUCUAAUCCAGAAAUCCAGGGUUUCAUGAAGGAGAAAGGUUUUGGCAAAGAUUUUAGAAGACUAGAAUCUUUCUACCUUCAAAAGCUUUUGGGUAUUGUUUCAACUGUAAAGAAGGGAUCCAUAGUCUGGCAAGAGGUUUUUGAUGAUCACGUGAAGCUUCUGCCAGGUACAAUUGUUCAAGUGUGGAAAAAUCAAGUAUAUAGUGAGGAACUACGUGAAGUCACAGCAGCUGGCUUCCCUGUGAUCCUUUCUGCUCCUUGGUACUUAGAUUGGAUUAGUUAUGGACAAGACUGGAGAAAUUACUAUAAAGUGGACCCUCUUCAUUUUGAUGGUUCUCAAGAACAGAAAAAACUUGUCAUUGGCGGAGAAGCUUGUCUGUGGGGAGAAUUUGUGGAUGCAACUAACCUUACUCCAAGAUUAUGGCCUCGGGCAAGUGCCGUUGGUGAAAGACUCUGGAGUCCAGAAGACAUCACGAGUGUAGGGAAUGCCUACAACAGACUGACAGUUCACCGCUGCAGAAUGGUCAGACGGGGAAUAUCUGCAGAACCUCUUUUUACUGGAUAUUGUGACUAUGAAUACAAAACAUAAAAAUGAGCCUAAAUAAAGAAGAAAAGAGGAGGGGACAAAACCUACAGCAAUCUGUACUACAAUCAACUUGAUUUUGAAAUCAUGGAAAUUAAGAUUUGGUGCACUGUUUUAAAUAAAAGAUGUAUCUUUUUUAAAA